UGCAACAGUCUGUUAGAUAUAGGUACAAUGCGAGAGUUAGCUAAUUUUUCUUAUGAAAAAAUUUGUUAUAGUGAUUGUAUAGUGUAGCAUAUUAUAGUUUUAAGUACAUGAAACUCAUAAGAUGGAUAAGAGGUAUAUAUACGCGGGGAUUUUCAUCGGUAUGUUACUUGUAAUGGCGCUGAUAACUGUGAUAUUACUGUUCACUCUAUUGUGGAAUAACAAGUCAGUGAAUGGGUCAAAACUUGUGAUUGAUCAUGAUGGCGGAGCCGAUGAUGCUAUGGCAAUAUUUAUUGCACUGAUUCAUGAAGAAUAUUUUGAUGGACCUCAAGUGGUAGCUCUAACUACCACCUUCGGGAAUGUUUACGAGCCACAGGCAUUUAUCAACACACAAAGAAUAUUGAAUAUAGCACAAAGACGAAAUAUACGCAUAUACAGAGGCAGCCAAACUCCAUUUAUUGAUGGUAUAGAAACUGACUAUUAUUAUGGUUUAGAUGGCCUUGGUGAUAGCUGUGAGGCUGAAUACGAACCCAUACUGCCACAACCUGAUCACGCUGUCCAUGCCUUACUUGAUCUAUCGAUAAAACACGAAGGGAAUCUUAUCAUUGUGGCAAUAGGAGCCAUGACAAACAUCGCUCUAGCCGUAAAGAUGGAUCCUCUCUUUAUAAGUAGACUUUCUAAACUUUAUGUUGGAGCAGGUUUUGUUGAAGGUCCUGAUCACCAAGAUGCGGAAUUCAAUGCAGCUAUGGAUCCUGAAGCGUAUUACAUUGUAACAAAAAAUGCCAACCCCAAUAAAGUGAUGGUAGUUCCUUUCUCUCAGGUUUACAGUUCCAUGAAUUUGACAAGAAAGUGGCGGGAGUCAACUCUAGGGGUGAUACCAACAAAGAUGAUGGAAGUACAGAACUGUUUUGAAAGAGUCUCCAUGUCAGGUAACUACACGGGCUGGACACAAUUGGACCCGGCAGUUAUGGCCCUCGCCCUUAACGACAGUCUCGUUGAGGAAAUAAAGUAUUCUAAUAACAGUAUUAUUUUAUGUGGAGAUAAGCGUAGUAUAAAUACGAAUGAAUUUACAUCAGUAUCUGAAGCUAAUGUUGCACUCCUGUAUUCUGGAAACCGAGAACAUUAUCAAGAGCUAUUAAUGAAUACCUUCACAGCGGAAUUGGAUCAGACAUAGGACAGGAACCGAAAUUUUACACAAAUUUAUUUAUGAACAAACUUACUUCAUUUACGUAUCAAUAUUUAUUUAUUUAUUUUAUUUAUUUAAUUUUAUGAUAAAAAGUCAAAUAAAUUUUAUUUAUUUCUUUUUAGUGGGCGGUAUUUUUACAUUUUAAAUGGAACUUUAAUAUAAAUUAUGAUUGUUAUGUUAAUCUAUGACUGUUUUAAAAAAAUAAAAUGUAUGGUAAAGUAAAUAA